AUGUGUGGGGUUGCUCAGGGGAGUAAAAUAAUUGUCACAACUUGUAGUCACAGAGUGGCUACAAUCACAGGCACGACCUCUCACUAUGAUUUAGAGCAUCUCUCUGACGAUAAUUGUUUGUCUUUGUUUAUUAAACUUGCAUUCAAAGAAGGUGAAGAGAAACAACACAAAAAUCUUGUGAGAAUUGGGAAAGAAAUUGUUCUGAAAUGCAAAGGGGUUGCUUUGGCUGUGAAGACUUUAGGUGGCCUACUUUGUUCAACCAGGUUAGAAUAUGAUUGGAAAGUUGUGAGAGAUAGCGAGUUAUGGGAGCUGGAACAAAAGGAAAAUGACAUUUUGCCUGCUCUCAAAUUAAGUUAUGAUCACUUGCCUUGGUAUUUAAAGCAAUGUUUUGCCUUCUGCUCAGUUUUUCUUAAAGAUUUUGAAUUUGAUAGUUUGAUAUUGAUCUCAAUGUGGAUGGCAAAUGGGCUUGUGCAAUGUUCAAACAAAAAUGAGGAGCUAGAAGAUAUUGGGAAUCGGUAUAUACACGAGUUAUGGUCAAGAUCUUUCUUCCAACAACUUGAAGAUGGGAUUUUUACGUUCAGCUUCAAAAUGCGUGAUUUAGUACACGAUCUUGCACUAUCAGUGGCACAAAAUGAUGUUAGUUCGACUGUCAAAUCAAGAACAGAAGGAUGGAGAUUGCCAGAGUUGUCGUCUCUACCAGAAGGGAUGCAACACCUCACUGAACUCGAAGAGUUGACGAUCACAGAGUGUCCAAAAUUAGACGAAAGAUGCAUGGAAGAAACUGGUGAAGACUGGCCUAAGAUUGCUCACGUCCCUGAUAUUACUAUCUGCUGA